AUGGAGAAUUGCAAACCAGUGAAUACUCCACUGGUUCCCAACCUAAAAUUAAGCAAAACAGAUGGUGUAGAGACGGUAGAUGAAGGGAAAUACAGAAGCUUAGUGGGAAGUUUGCUAUAUUACAUAGCCACCAGACCUGAUCUAAUGUUCACUGCAAGCUACCUCUCAAGGUUUAUGAGCAAUCCAAGUGAAUUGCACCUUAAAGCUGCCAAACGUGUGCUGAGUGGUUUGGGUGGAUCCCUGGAUGAUGCUAGGAGCACCUCUGGUUAUGUGUUCUAUCUGAAUAAGGGUGCAAUCAGUUGGCUGUCAAGGAAGUAG